GUGACUACUUUUUGCACUGUGCCAACAGAUAAUUGCAGCGUAUACUUCGCGUCGAUCAUGCCUCGAGAAAUUGUCACAGUGCAGCUAGGUCAAUGUGGGAAUCAAAUGGGCUCGGUUUAUUGGCAACGGCUCUGCGCUGAACAUGGGAUUAGCAAGGAAGGCAUCCUCGAAGAAUGGGCUACUGAGCCUGGAGACCGAAAAGACGCGUUCUUCUAUCAAGCUGACGAUGAACAUUAUAUACCACGGGCAAUAUUAGUUGACCUUGAGCCUCGUGUUAUCAAUAAUAUACUGACCUCACCUUACGCGAACCUGUACAAUCCAGAAAAUAUCUUCGUGUCUAAGGAUGGUGGUGGAGCAGGGAAUAAUUGGGCCCAAGGAUAUGCUGCUGGAGAACGGAUAUACGAAGAGAUAAUGGAGAUGAUUGACCGAGAGGCUGAGGGUAGCGAUUCGUUAGAGGGCUUCAUGCUCGCACAUUCGAUCGCUGGAGGAACUGGGUCAGGACUGGGCUCAUUUGUUUUAGAACGAUUGAACGAUAGAUUUCCAAAGAAACUCAUCCAAACAUACAGUGUUUUUCCGAAUGCACAAGAAGGAGAUGUCGUUGUCCAACCAUACAACUCUCUCCUUACGCUAAAACGUCUGGUGAAUCAUGCUGAUUCGGUUGUGGUACUAGAUAAUGGAGCGUUGGCACGGAUUUCAUCAGAAAGACUUCAUGUUCAAACACCUACGUUUGACCAAACAAAUCAACUAGUAGCAACGGUCAUGGCAGCCAGCACACAAACACUUCGAUACCCGGGAUACAUGAACAACGAUUUGGUCGGCAUUAUUGCGUCGCUCAUCCCAACACCUCGAUGUCAUUUUCUCAUGACAUCCUAUACGCCGUUCACCAGUGAUCAGAUCGACAAAGCCAAACCCAUAAGACGCACGACGGUGCUUGACGUGAUGCGACGUUUGUUACAACCCAAAAACCGCAUGGUAUCUACAACACCAAGUAAAACUGCUUGCUAUAUCUCUAUUCUCAAUAUCAUACAAGGGGAUGUCGAUCCUACUGAUGUCCACCAAUCCCUUCUGCGAAUUCGAGAAAGACAACUUGCCAACUUUAUCCCCUGGGGUCCGACGUCGCCACAAGUCGCAAUCACAAAACGUUCACCUUAUGUCGCCACCAAUCAUCGUGUCAGUGGCUUGAUGCUUGCAAACCAUACUAGUAUCGCAUCUCUGUUCAAGCGGAUGUUGGAUCAAUUCGAUAAGUUGAAGAGAAGGAACGCGUUCUUGGAGCAGUAUAAGAAGGAGAAAAUGUUUGAGAAUGGGUUGGAGGAGUUUGAUGAUGCUAGGGCAACCUGUGAAGAGCUGCUGAACGAAUACAAAUCUUGUGAAAGUCCUGACUAUAUCUCAUAUGGUGCGGCAGAAGGUGGACAAUAGGAGUCAUUCGGUGUAUUGUAGCUCUUUGAACUUUUGGUGAUGCUUGAUAUUUGUAAGAUGCAGGAUUGGGAGAAGGCUGGAGG